AUUCAAUACUUGAGCAAAAAUCUAUUUUCCUUGUCCUUAAUUAAUAUGGCUUGCUCAAAGAUUUUCCUUCUUCUUAGCGUUGCAUUUGCCAUUGUUCUUCUCAUCUCAUCUGAGGUCUCUGCUCAGACAGAUCAAACUCAGGAAACUGCAAAUGUAGAUUUAAGCCAAGCCCAUGUAAGCGGAUACGGACAUGGACACAAACACAAGGGACAUGGAGGACACGGGCAUGGACACAAAUAUGGGAAACAUGGAGGAUACGGACACGGACACGGACACAGACAUGGACAUGGACACGGACACGGACAUGGACAUGGACACGGACAUGGACAUUAGAAGAAAACUAAACCAUUUGAACUUUAAAUGGAGCUUAUGAAUAAAAGUUUAUAUGUCAAUAAGGGUGUUUAGAUAGGUAUCUUCAUUGCACCCUACAUGUCUGUAUCCAUUAUCCAAAUACUAAGAAUAAAAUAAACAAUACUACACAUUUGAGCUUUCA